UGAGUGUGUGUUGGGGGUAGUGGAAGCCACACCUCCCGGUAUUGGCAAAGGAUCUAUAAGAGGCUCCGGCAGCAGUGUCGUUACUCAAACUCUGAAUCCUGGAACUCUCCUCAGCUGUCAACGUAACCAAACAAGCGCUACAUGGACAGAGAGGACUGUCUCUGUUCAGGUGUUGAGUUUUGAGAUCUCUCUACAUUCUUUUUUUUUUCAACAUCGAUUCCGUCAGCAUGGCUGUGGCUGAAGUUGUUAUGCCUCCGAUAACGUCGUUUCCAAGUGUCCAGGCUAUGGAUGUGAAACAGUUGGACAACCUGUGUAAGGUGGAAGAGUGCGCACCAAACAUUGCAAACAACCCGCUCAUCGAAGUGGAGUUCAGCAUCAUCCAGUCUCCUGCUGUGCCCCCAAAGUACGACGACGAGCUCGCCAAAUUCGUGGACCUUGAGUUCAUUCUGUCUAACACAAUCGGCUCAGAUGUUGGGAGCGACCACGGGAACAUUUCUCCGCAGCAGCAGCAGUGCGCGUACUCCCUGCCGGAGUCACCGGAGAGCUGUGGCGGUGCGUCUGUGCCGGAUUGCAGCGACCACCCUCCACCACCUCCUUCUCACCAGAGCUACCCUAUCACCCUGAGCUUCUCAGGCCCUGUGCGUAGUCUCAUGGCGGAGCUUCUCACGCCGGAGAUGAACUACCCGGGGGAGAGCUCACCUGAGAGCGCAGACAAGGCGAGGGACGCACGAGAGUACACUGAGCUGCACGCGUUGAAUGCUUCUCCCGCUCACCACCAAGUGUCCUCCUCUCCUCCAGCUAUGGGAUACAAAGUUAAGACUGAGCCUAUGGGUCAGUCUUGUAUGAUGGCUGCUGUUGGUGAUGGCAACUAUAUGGGACAGAUGUAUGAGAGGCACCACAUGCGCUCGGCACAGCCUUUUACGCACCACCAGGCUACUCCAGGAUUCGGUGUGCAUCACAUGCAGCAUCCUGCACCUCAGGGACGCACGGAAGGCCAUUUGGCGCUCAUGAACUCUCAUCAUCCUAAUCAGCACCAUCUCCAAAACCAGUACAUGAGCGCGCCCUACCAGCUGCAGUACGCACCCCAGAGUGUGCCACAAUACCAAGGACAUUACAGCAUGCACAGAGAGCCUGUCCAUGUUCACCAGCAGCAUCACUCGGCUUCUAUGCCAGGCAUGAUGCUCACCCCGCCAUCGUCUCCAUCAUUGCUGGAUUUUUACGCACAGGAGGAGGUUGGGAGCAUCAAGCAGAAGCGAGGCCGCAGGUCGUGGGCCAGAAAACGCGCUGCGACGCACAGCUGCGAGUUCCCUGGAUGUGGAAAAACCUACACCAAGAGCUCGCACCUCAAAGCCCAUAUGAGGACACACACAGGUGAGAAGCCAUACCACUGCAACUGGGAAGGCUGCGGCUGGAAGUUCGCCCGGUCAGAUGAGCUGACCCGUCACUUCAGGAAGCACACCGGACACCGACCCUUUCAGUGUCACCUGUGUGAGCGUGCGUUCUCCCGCUCCGACCACCUGGCUCUCCACAUGAAGAGGCAUAUGUAAUGAAUGAUCAGUCUAGCAAAUCAAUCUUGAGAAAAUACCAGCAUCCCAGAAGACAACAGAGACCAAAAUCAAUAGAACAAAAUGUCCCAGCAGAGACCUUUGUUUAUAUGUCGUGCCUUUGUAGAGACAAAGUUUGCAAAAGUGCCUCUUCACUAAAGAAUGAACUCCUUGUAUAUAGCUGUGGAUAUGUGUAACUUAUAGUCUGUAUUUAAGAUGCUCCCUCUCCCUGUUUUUGAAAUAAGUUAUUGAAUGAUAGUGAGUGCCUUUAAAGAAACUGUGUAUUUGCUUUCCAAAGAGGAGAACUCACUGUGGGCAGGACCCAGAACUGUGUAAAUAUGUAUUUUGUAACGUUUACAUCUCAUAUCUUUGCUACUACUCAAAUCAGAUCAGGGUUUUUUGUAAUGACAUUUUUUAAACUGUUUUUAUUGUUUUUCUAUGUCAAAGAUGCUCUAGAUUUGCUUGACAUUGUCAGCUGGCCUUACAUUUCUUUAGUGUGUAAAGGCUUUGCUCGAGCAGAGCUAACAAAUUCAGGUACUAAAACUCAGUUUCAGUCCCUCUCUCCAAGUGUUAAUCCAACCCAAACAUCUCUCUGUUCAGUUGUUUUUUACAGCUCAGGGUGAGCAACAACACUGAUGUAUUUUCUAAUAGAGUAUAUGUUUUUUUUCUUUAAGAAUGAAGAAUACAAUGCAACCAAUGGUUGAACUGCUGUACUUGAAAUAGAUUUACUGAACAGAUGUAUAUAUUUUUUCCCCCAAAUGCAACUGUUUCAUGCGCUUAAGGGCUCAGAAAAUAAAAGUACUUUUACAAAUACUGAAAA